AUGCGAAUAUUAUUCCUAUUUUUAUUGCUAUGUGGUUUGGUGGAAUGUUUGGUGAAACCAAUUUGGAAGACACCAGUUUCAGAGCCGAAUCCAACUCAAAACAUCGAGGUGACUCCGGAUAAAGAGCAUGCAAAUUUGACAAAGGUUAGUGGGCUUAUAGGGAGAAUUGAAACUUAUCCCAACUCCCCCUCUUUAUUUUCCAGCGCGCUCAGCCAAACUACUACACUCGACCAGAGCAAGUUCCUGUGCCAGACUACCGCGGGGCUCGUCAACGUCUCCCCGGCCCUCAACCUAUCCCAGGUUCCGGAUUUUUCCGACCUUUUGCUUGGGUCGGUCCACAACCUCGUCCUGGCAGUCCACAAACCACUUAUUAUAAUCAAGUGCCCAAUAAAUCGCCCUCGUUCCCUCUUCCACCACUUCCCCCUAAUUGGCAACAAUAUCCAGUGCAAAUGAUUUGGAUUCCAGACGCACCUGGAAUUCAGUCGCCACCAAAUGUCGGCUCACCCCAGCGGCCUCCCGUUUACGGGCAAUACGGACCGCCUCCUGCAACCCGGUCGCCUUCUCGACCCUCUGUGAAUCCUUCCAGCUACACAGGAACACCAGUGCAUUCACCUUCCGCUCAGCCAACCGAAGAAGGUUAUGGUGACACCAAGAUUCCGGAUUCUUAUCGUGGUGUAGAUUUGAUGACUGUGAAACCAUAUGGUGGUGUGGAGCCUUUGAAAUACACUGGCUACCCUACACAAGGUCCACAUAAUCCAUACGGAUCUCCAAAUGUUGCGACAUACGGGCCAUCAAGUUAUGCAACUCAACAACCACAAAACCCAUAUGGCUCUCCUAAUGUUGCCACCUACGGACCAUCGAGCAUAGCAACACAAAGACCACAAAAUCACUAUGGUUCACCAAAUGUAGCAACCCAUGGACCAUCAAGUUUGUCAACACAGGGACCAGAAAACACGUAUGGAACUUCACCAAACGCCUAUGAAUCACCAACUUAUCCACCAUCAAACCAGCCAAAUCCCUAUGAAUCUCCAUCAGUUGCCACCUACCCUCCUCAAUCACCCGAGCCUCGUCCAGCUCCCGGACCUUUUCCAACACCAUCGGAAACCAUCUCUCCUCCUCCUGCUUCUCAACCAAAGAAUCCAACAAUCCGUCCAGGUCCUCAAGAAUACGCCACUCCGAAAUCCACUCUUCCAUACGAUGCCGAUGAAACAUCGGAAAUUCCCGAUGACUUGACAACUUCGAAGAAUUCACCAAUUUUCGAGAUGUCGACGAAUCCGUUCGAUGGAAGUUCGUCAAAAACAGUGCCACCAGUGUAUUUGGGACCAGACGAAGAGACUGAUGAUAUCAGCGAUACCACAAAGAAGUGAGUAAUGGGCUUUCAUCAUUCCCCAAAUCAUCUAUUAUUUUUCCAGCUCUUCACCUCCUCCUACCACUUCUUCAUCGUCUUCUGAAGACGAAGACAUGCUCAAAGCAUUCUACCCUCGUCCAGCAAAUGAGCAAGGUUAUCAACCACCAGGCCACCAACCGGACACUCAUAUCAAUGUGAAUUUCAAGAAGCCCAAAGGGUGUACAGGCGAAAUUUGUCAUGGUGUAGAUACAGAUAAGGUAACCUUUUUUUAAAUCAAUUUUGACGACCUUUAUAAAAUUUUUUUCAGAUCUCGUUAUAUAAACCUGAUCGUAAUGAUGAGGGAUCCGGCCCAACUUUGGUGAUCAGCAAUGCGGCAAAAGAUGAUGCUAGCCGAGCUGGCUACCGACCCGCGCAACCACCCGUCGUGAAUCCAUAUAUCCCGCCAAAUCCUCAACCAAUUAACCCGGACGAUUACAAUACACCAUACACCAAUCCACCUUAUCAUCCAUUCCCGGAACUGCGAGAAUAUACUCCAAGCAAAAAUGUUCCCGAGUAUACUACCCAACAAACCACCGUGUUUCCAUCAAGCAAGAUCUUUGAGGAGGAAUCGACAACAGCGGAACCAUUCAGCCCCACCGCCCAAACAGUUCCCUACACCACAACUCCCGCGCCACCUCCAGAAAACCCGCCACCAAAACCACCAGCGAAAUACGAUGAGGGAGAAGAUCAUCCAGAAUACGUUCCACCCGCGAUUGCUCAUAUGACACCGUCCACUCCAGCUGGCAAAAAUCCACCAACAUUUAUCCCGCUUCAUCCGGAAACAUCUACUAAUAAUCCGACGGAGAGAAAUAGCGUAGAGACGCAGACACCAGCCACGGUAACUCGAAAGAUUCCCGAGUUCCCGGUGAAACCAUCUCCUGGCACUGCGCCACCUCAGAUUUUGACUACACCAAUUGUUUCGACUGAUGUGGUGACGGAAGCUUACACAGCAUCAACUGAAAUUGUGACCGAAGCUCCUACAACAUCUGAAGCCUAUACUACCCCAGAAGUCACUGAAGCCCCAACAACAUCAGCUCCAGAAUUCACUGAAGUUUCUAUUGAUCGUGAGACGACGGCUUCAGAUGUUCUAUCCACCACAACAACAGUACCAUCAACAGAUUCCGGAUAUGUGACUUCUACAAUUUCUUUGUCUACAACAACUUCAAGACCAAUUCCAACAUCAAGAUCUGAAUGGGUGUAUAGUACAGAUCAACAACCAUCAUCAUCACCAUCACCGCCAAGAAUCAAUAAUCCAUAUGCGCCACCAGAAGGUGCGCCAAGGGUGCCAAAUCGAGUUAUUGGUGAGUUACCAAUUUUUAUUCCACGAAAAAAAACCUCUCAAAACUUCAGGCAAACCUCGAAUUCUCUGCAAGGAAGAUGGAAUCAGUUUCGAAGUCAAAACAAUUCUACCAUUCACCGGUGAAAUCUUUGCGAAUGAUCGAAAAAGAAUCGAAGAGUGUCAACAAUCUUACACAGAUGAGCCGAGUCCCAAAAUCUUCUUGCCUUUUGAUAAAUGCGGUGUGAAAAAUAUUGGAGAUCAAAUCAAUAGUCGCGCACAAUAUCACAUGCAAGUUGUGCUAAUUGUAGAUCAAGGAAAUGGAACAAACACUCUACAAUCUUUCAUGGCUCAAUGUGUUCAUCAGAAGGUCAAUUAUAACAAGCAGAUUCUUCCAAAACGAAUCGAGGAAGCCUUGGAAGAACUCAAAUUAAUACCUGCCAAACUAGAACAAAAGGCAAGUAUGCCAAGUGUACAAAUGCAAAUUGUAGUCGACGAAGGACAUCAUAAACUAGGGCAGGAAGUGAUGGCCGCCGAUAUUGGAAUGCCUUUAGCUCUCAAAUGGAGCCUAGUUCCAGAAUCUGAUGCAUAUGGAAUGCAUGUGAGAAAUUGUAAGGUCGUGGAUGCUGUGGGAAAAAUUGAUCAUACUUUGAUCGAUGAGCAAGGUUGCUCUGCUGAUCUUCAAAUCAUCGAUCAUCCACAUUACGACACUUAUCAUGAUACGGCUUCUGCGCAUAUGUGGGCAUUCAAAGUUCCGGAUAUGGCAUCUCUUCAGAUCAAAUGUGAUAUCUUGAUUUGUUCAAAUAUCAAGUCAAGUGUUAGUAAUACAACCAGUUGCGAGGAUAUUCCAUCGGUAGGGUUUUUUUUUGGCUAGGUUUACUUUUUUGAGAAAAAAAUCUACCUACGAAAAUCAGAAUAGAUAAGAUCUUACCGGAAGUUAGAUAAAAUCUAAUUUUUUUUUGGGGAAAGCGAAUGAACGGGAUGAUUUUUGAGUUAAAAUUGGAAGAGGGUAUUUUGGCUAACUUGCAUUUUUUACUUAUUCUGAAUCCCUGGACCUCCCAAAAAACAAAAAACCCACCAAAAAUAGAUCCAAUAACAUUUUCAUCUUCAUGUUGCCAAAUAAAAUUGAUAAACUGGGUUUCAACAUUUAUGGGAGGCCAAAAAUUCGUAAAAUGCUGACGAUUCAAAAUAUUAUCUUUCAAUAUUGUUGAAAAUCAGAAAUGGGGAAGAAAUUAAAUGUUUUUUUUGAAACUGAGAAAAAAAGUAGAAAGUUCACGUUCACGUUUUUAUAGAAAAAAAAAUCAAAAUUUUUAAAUUCCUGAUUUUCAGCCCCCAUUUUGCGCUGACGUCGUAACCUCCCCACCAAAUUCAAUUCUAUCCGACGCAAGUUCCUAUGUCAAACCUCGAAGAUCCUACUCCGCCCAAACUUCAACACAAAGUGUAAGAACCAGUAUUUGUCUAUCGCAAAAUUGUAAACCCGCGCAAAAUGUGGAUGAUUUGCGAGUUUGUAUAAAUACCCAACUGGCCACAAUUUCCACCGGAUUCUCGCUGGCAUUUUUGAUGUUUGCGAUAUCUUUUCAAGUUAUUGCAAGAUCAAAAUUCUCCUAAUAACUUAUUUUGUGCAAUUUUUCUGUCAUAAUUAACUAAUUAAUAAAUUAUAUCAUCUUUUCUUAUGUAACAAGAUAAUGUUGAGAGAAAACCUGAUUUGCGCGAUGAACAAGUUUUGGGUUUUUUUUGCUAUAAACUUUUUUGGGAUGAGAUAAUAGAAAUAUCUAGUCUUCCUGUUUUUUUUUCAAAAAAAAAACACAGAUCAAAAAAAGUUUUGGCAAGUUUUUCGAGUUCGGAAGGAAAGUCUGGUAUCAAUGUGACGUUUUUUGAAGGAAAACUUGGAUUUUCAGAUUUUCUUAGCCCAUCCUUCAGAAAUUUCAUUAAAAAUCAUAUAAGAACUCACUUUGUCCGAUCCGGUGAAACCUUCAUCACAUCAAAUUGCAUUUUUUCUGAAAUUGAUCGACCGAAUCACACCAUUUCCUUCUUUGUCCAAUUAUUGGUGCAUCUUUUACCGCUUCAACACUGAAAUAUACAAAUUUCAGCAUAAACCAUUGUAAUUCUCCCUUAUAAAAAGCGAAAUCAAUGAAAAUUUGGCGUCACAUCACAAAAAUAGAAAGUGUAUGGAAUUUAUUUUUACAACGACACUCCGCUUACCCGCUGUUUAGCGCAACACGAGAAUAUUUCAUUUUUCGUUUUUUUCGCUGGGUUUUCAGGUUUCCGGGGAAAACCAGUGGAUUUCAGUCAAAAAUUGAGUUUUUAGAUGUUUUACAUGGCUAAAAUCAUCGCUUCCAACGGAAAAUCCGAGGAUUAUCGAAGAAAGGUGGGUUUUUCUAGAGAAAUACUGUUUCAAUUGAAAUUUACAUGAAAAAUUCAAAUUUUCGGAUUUUCAGCUCGAAAUAUUGAUGGACAAAUGAAUUUCAAUGUCAAUAAUGUGGAAAACUUGGAGGAUUGAGGAUUUAUCAAGGAUUUUGAUUGGGAUUCUCGAAUUUUCGAUGAUUUUUGUGUGAUUUGUGAGUUUUUUUGGGGAGGGAUUUCGAAAAAUAUGAAAAAUUAUGAGAAAAAUUUUUAAAAAUUGAAAAAAGUUAGGCUAACUUAUCAAAAUCUAAACCCAAAAAUACGUGCAAAACGAAAAAAAAAGAAAACUCAGCAUCCCCUGGCGUAUACUCUCAGCAUCCCCUGGCGUAUACUUUUUGCACGAUAGCGUACGCUUUCCCUACACUCUUUCUACGCUUUUCGUACACUUUCCACUUUUCGCGAGUGUAGCUACAUUGUAGGACCGCGUUGCAAUCGCGUUGCGUUGCGGCUAUUAUUUUAUUUUUGUUUUCUAUUUUCUUUUUGGCCUAAAAUUCUUUUCAAAACGUCUAAAGUAGAUGAAAUGAUAGUUGAAUUUCAUCCAAAUGGAUUCUAGAAGUUGAGUAUGAUAAUUGAAGCGAUUAGAAAUCUUUUUUGUCAAAAGAAGUAUCGUUUUUUCAAGAAAAAUCUUGGAAUAAUUUUGAAAAAUACGGAAUUUUCUUCAAUGAGACUUUGAGAAUCAGAGUUAAUCGAUAGUUAUCAGUCUUCUUAUUCUCGUUAUUAUUGUUUUUACACCUGAAUGAGUUUGAAACUUGUUGAAUUACAGAUCACCACCCGAAAAACUCCUGGAACUUGCAUCAUCGUGGCAGCAAAAAGGAAAGAGAAGCUUCUCCGGAGGUCUCCUCAAGCUCGAGGAAAUGAUUUUGAAGGUGAGUAUAUAUAAAUUAAAUACUUGGAAGACUAGGAUUUCGGAACCCUACUGGCCAAUCGCCUGUCAAACAUAACUGAAAGUUGGCUGAUAAAUUCUUGGAUCUUGCUACAUCUAAUAGCUCGAGCUACAUCUUAUAACUAUGAUAAGUAGCAGGUCUGCAAAUAGAACUGACGACCAACUUUCAAUAAACUAGUAACUAUUAGGCAUUUAGCUCAGGGAAGAUAGCCUAUACAACCUCGCUUUUUUCUGCAUGAUUAUUAUGAGUCUUGAGCAUCUAGAAAAUAUCUAGAAAACUGAACAUCAUCCCAUUUUUCAGGUUGACACCUGA